AUGUACAGCACCCGGCAGCUGGCAUACGCGCCGACGCCCUACAUUCCGCGCUCUGCCCUCAAUGCGACCAUCAACCUCGACGAGGAAGCCAAACUGUCUACAACCAGUGCUGAGCGCGACCUCAACGACUCGCUGGCAGAAAUCUAUAGCAUCAUCAUUACGCUCGAUGGCCUCGAGAAAGCAUUUCUGAAGGACUCGAUCAACGAGGGUGACUACACUGAGACGUGUAGUAGGCUUCUGAAGCAGUACAAGUCCAAUCUUGCAGACGAGACUAUUGCAAAAGCAUUCGGCGAUCUGGAUCAGUUCAAGAGAGAGUGGGAUCUUGACUGUCCACGAGCGACUGAACGACUGCGCGUAGGCGUCCCCAUCACCGUCGAACAGGGCCCAUCACGUACGACAGCCCAACAAGGCGACUUUGCCGACGCAACCCUUGUUGUCAACGCGACUGAAACCUUCAUCACCUUGCUCGACGCUAUCAAGAUUGGGCUAGUAGAGAAGGAUACACUGCAUCCUCUACUGGUCGAGAUCAUCCAGUCGGUCAACCAAGUCACUGACAAGGAGUUCGAGAACAAGGGCAAGAUUGUUCAGUGGCUCAUCACGUUGAACCAAAUGCGAGCUUCUGAGAAGCUGGAUGACGAGCAGGCGCGGCAGUUCCAAUUUGACAUGGACCAGGCCUAUUACGGUUUCAAGGCUACACUGAAGAAGGACUGA